GUGCGUAUACUACCUUUGUCAGGAUCAACAGCUGGGUGGAACUCCAACAAAAAAAAGUUGCCCCAAUGACAUUUUCUGUAGGGAUGGCAGUCUGACUGUGAGACACGCUAGCUGUUGUAUUAAGUGUUUAUUUCCACCGCUGCGCCAUGGAUUUUAACGUGAAGCGGUUAGCCGCAGACGCCGGUACUUUCCUGAGCCGCGCGGUGCAAUUCACAGAAGAGAAGUUUGGCCAGGCUGAAAAGACAGAGUUGGAUGCUCAUUUGGAGAACCUUUUGGUCAGAGCUGAGAACACCAAGCAAUGGACAGAAAGGAUAAUGAAGCAGACAGAAGUGUUACUACAGCCCAACCCAAAUGUCCGGCUAGAAGAAUUUGUGUAUGAGAAACUGGAGAAAAAAGCCCCUACGCGAAUGAACAACCAUGAGCUGCUGGGCCAGUCCAUGAUCGAAUCCGGAAAUGAAUUUGGUCCUGGAGCUGCCUAUGGAAAUGCUCUGAUAAAAUGUGGCGAGACGGAGAAGCAGAUUGGUGGGGCAGAGCGGGAGUUAAUCCAAAGUGCUGCCAUCAACUUCCUGACACCUUUCAGAAACUUUCUAGAAGGUGACUUCAAAACCAUCCUGAAAGAACGGAAGCUACUGCAGGUCAAACGUUUGGAUCUGGAUGCAGCCAAAACCAGGUUAAAGAAAGCCAGGAUGGCUGAUGCUAGAGCUGCAGCAGAGCAGGAGUUGAGGAUGACCCAGAGUGAGUUUGACCGGCAGGCAGAGAUCACCCGACUGCUGCUAGAAGGCGUCAGCAGCACCCACGCACACCACCUACGCUGCUUGAAUGACUUUGUGGAAGCCCAGACUACGUACUACGCACAGUGUUACCAGUACAUGGUGGAUCUCCAAAAGCAGCUGGGCAGUUUCCCCUCAACGUUCUCCAACAACAACCAAUCGUCGGUGGCAGGGGGGGCCAGCAUCUCGGUGCCCACCAUCCCUGUGUCUGCCUCCCUGCCCAGUGUGUCUGCGGGCCACGGCAGCUCGACGGCAUCGGGCGGAUUCAACGAAUUGCGUAGCUCCAACGGCAGCCGCAAAGCCAGAGUGCUUUACGACUACGAUGCUGCCAGCAGCAGCGAGCUGUCCCUGCUGGCUGAUGAGGUGAUCACAGUCAGCAGCGUCCCAGGCAUGGAUUCAGACUGGCUGAUGGGCGAGCGAGGCAGCCAGAAGGGCAAAGUGCCAAUCACUUACCUGGAGCUGCUCAACUGAGACCCACGGACCCCCAGUCGAGCCCCCUGUAACCAGCUGUGAUCUCAUAUUUAUAUUGUGUUGCAGGGACGGGCCUCACUUUCUCUUCCAUUCAGUCAUUUUAGAAUGAGUUUUAUUUCUAUGAAAAGGAGUCUCAGUUUUAGCAGACUCGUGCUGGAAUGAAUACAUUGGAGUGAAGGGGAAGGAAAUAGACCUCAUUCCCAAGAUGUGUUUGUAUGCAACUGCAGUACAUUUCUAAAACCUGCUUCCAUGCCUUUUUAAGUUUGAUGCCAUGCAGUCUGCAAUUUGUGCCAGAACAUCUCCCAAACUGUAACUUUUUAAAAAAAAAAUUGUUUGUUUACAACAUAUAUCUCAGACAGUGACCUAAAUGCUUUUGAUGUGAGGUUCCCCCCCUCUUCCCUUUUUGCUAAUUCCAUUUUUUUCAAGUAGUGAUACAGUAGACACUUUUUUUUUAAAGCGCAAAAUCCACUUCAGUUUGAAGUGGCGAGUGUUGCUGAGAAUUCUUAGAGAAGUCUUAUUUUAUAAUCGAUAAUCUCAUGGUGCAGUAGCUGUUAUGGUUACUCCGUUUUUUAUGAACAUUAUCAUAUGUAUUGUGUGUCAGCUUCAUUCACAUGGACCCUAACUGGACAGUGAGUUAAACACACUGCUCCAGUACCGUUGAUCAGUCAGCAAGGCCGAAUAAGAAAAGUUGUAACCUGCUGAUAGCCAAGCAGUUACUACUCACAUGCCAGACUUCAUUAAGUGCCUAAUACAGUGGCCUUUCUAAAAACAUUAGCCUUUUUUUAUAGCUACACCAGCAGUAUUGAGACCUCAAUUCAGUCUCUCCUCUUAGUAUUGAACCCUUGUAUUUUUAAUUUAUUGGCAAUUAAAAAUCAGCAUUAGUUCCAACCAGAAAACUGUUGUCUCUGAUUAAAUUAUUAAUCUGUGUAUUUAUUAAUACACUAUUUGUGAUAUGUUCAUUGUCUUUGGUGUUGCUUGGCUUGGUGUUUACUUUGGAAAAAAAAAAGUUAAAACAUGUACCUUUUGUUGACAUCACCACAGGUCUCAUCAGUUUCCCCUAAACCUGCCUUCAACUCCACAUUGGAAGAAAAGUCUUGUUACGUUCUGGGAGAUCAAAGUAUAUUAUUACAUGGCUGCUUUUUGUUUUGUGUGUAACUGAUAAGAUGGCAUAUAACUGUAAAAUAAAUAUACAAUAUGAUGCAUUAAAAUAAGAAAAUAUCA